GGAUUCGUAUACAGAGCAAUGGGGUAGGGGGAAGUAACAGGAAGUGCUAGGGUUAUUUGGCUGAUGGCGGAAGUAGAAUCAUGCGAAUAAAUGAAGACACAGUGCUGAGAGGCCAGCGAGUGCUGCUGGUGCCUUAUGAACCUCAUCAUGUGCCCAGAUACCAUGAAUGGAUGAAAUCAGAGGAACUGCAGAAAUUGACGGCCUCGGAGCCUCUCACUAUAGAGCAAGAAUAUAACAUGCAGCGUAGCUGGAGAGAGGAUUCAGACAAAUGUACCUUCAUUAUAUUGGAUGCCCUAAAGUGGGAACAGGGUUGCCCUGAGGAGCAAUGCAUGGUGGGAGAUGUUAAUCUGUUUCUCACCGAAUCUGAAAAUCCAGGAUUAGCAGAAAUCGAAAUUAUGAUAGCAGAGCCUGUAUUUCGUGGCAGAGGACUUGGUGAAGAAUCUGUUUGCCUAAUGUUAUUUUAUGGUUUUACAGCACUGGGAAUCUCCACGUUUGAAGCCAAAAUUGGACUAGAGAAUGUCACAAGUAUUCGGUUGUUCCACAAACUGCAUUUCCAAGAUGUUUCUCUGAGCCAAGUAUUCCAAGAGAUGACACUAAGGUGGGAAGUGACAGAACCAGAAAGACAGUGGUUGGUUACCUCAAGUCCUGUGACGAUGACAACUUACAAAGAAAUCCAAAGAAACGUUACUAAUUCAAAACUUGGUCAAUCAAGAAGCGACGUCUCUUCAGAUGUCAAAUCUGUAUAGCAGUUACCAUUACCACAUGGAGUAAGAACAUUAGUGGGAAUGGAGAUGCAAUAGACGGGAGCUGCUGAUCUCUUAAAUCAUAGGAGGAGCAUAAAUAUGCCCCAUAUUGGAGGAAUAUCUGCUACAGUAUUUUUAAUUAAAAGUAUAAUUAGUGAUGCA